AAUUUUGAUGUGAUGAAAAAGUUAAAAGUUCGAAGGAAAAGUUUGGAACUAAGUCCUCAGUAGAGUUGGAGUGUGGCAAAGCAAAAGACCGAACCUGUUUGUCACAGGUGCCACCAACCCUCUCAUCCGGCGGCUGCCCAACAGAGAAUCCAGCAUGGUUUCUCGGUUUCUCCAUCCUUUUCCCAUUUUGAAUGCAAUCCACCUCAAAUUUCUCUCUCCCGUAACGCCAUCCAUGACGCCGGCUUUGCUCUGCCCGUACACAAACAGCCAUACUAUACUACCAGCAAGUUACUAUGGAGUACUUGCAAACCACUACUCCAUCCAUUCCAACUUGCUUCAUCUUCAUCUUUCCCACCUCCAUCACCUCACCAACAGCACCAGCGCAGGUCGCUGUCUCCGAAAUAUCAUUUCGUUUUUAAUUAUCUUUUCCUCCCCUUCGCUAAUCACCAUGAUUUGCCUCCGAGCCGCCUUCCCCUUGACCUCCUCCCCUCUCCGCCGCCUCGCCCUCAAGCCCUCCUCCUCCCGCGCCGCCGCCGCCGCCAUGUCGUCCGCCAUCGCCGCGCCGGUCGAGCACAUCGUGCUCAUCAAGGUCCGCCCGGAGGCGGCGUCGUCGGGCGCCGCCGCGGCGAUGGUGUCAUCGCUGCAGGCGCUGUCCACGGCGGUGCCCGGGCUGUCGUACAUCCACGUCGGCCCCGUGCUCCGCCUCCGGUCGCCGGCGGCGGAGGCGCUGGGUCCGACCCACGUCCUCCACUCCCGCUACGCCACCAAGCCCGACCUGGCGGCGUACGCGGCGCACCCGGCGCACGUCGCCGCCGUGCAGGGGCACGUCCUCCCCAACGCGCUCGACUCCACCGCCAUCGACUGGGUCAACGCCGCCCUGGUGCCGUCCCCGGUGAACCCGGGCUCCGCCGUGCGGCUCUCCCUGGCGAAGUUGAAGGAGGGUGUGGAGGCGCACCAGCUCGCGGAGAAGCUCGCCGCGGCGACGGCGGCGGCCGGGGAGGCGAAGGGCGCCAAGGUGAGCUUCGGGGAGAACUUCUCCCCCGCGCGGGCCAAGGGGUACCAGUUCGGGAUGGUGGCGGUGUUCGACAGCGUGGAGGGGCUCGACGCGGUGGACGGGGACGGGAAGGUGGAGGCGGCCAAGGCCAUAGUCAGGCCGCUGCUCGACGACGUGCUCGAGCUGGAAUUCGUCGUCGGACCUGCCGCCGCGGAGGCUCCGGCGCCGGCCAACCUCUGAGAGGUUUGCCUUUGGUUCGAAAACUCUAGUUGCCUUGUUUGAUCGGUUGAGAAUAAUACAAUCCUUGUGAUUGGGUGUGCUGUGGCCUGUGGUUAGCAAUGGCAAUUGAUUUUGAAAUGAAUAAGAAUUGUACCUGACUACCUGAACUAGGAAUUAGGAUGGCCGCUCUUGCUUGGACGUCUACCGAACAAGAGCUUGCUGUCUUCAGUGUUCAUCUUUUCUUCUCGCUCUGCAACUGCAAAUUUGUAUGUCAGAUAAUUUUAAGACUCGCAACUCGGUGCUAUGCCUCU